UCCAGAGCUCCUCCCACCUCAGGAGGACAUCAGUCCUCCAGACAGACAUCAGGCCCCGGUGGACACCAGGCCCCAAGUGGGACACAAGCCCAAGGCAGACAUCAGGCCCUAGGUGGACAUCAGGCCUGAGGAGGACAUCCGGCCCCUGGUGAACAUUAGGUGCAGGUGUCCAAGCAGGCCCUGAGUGGACAUAACGGUGUCUAGGCUGCGCCUUCAGGAAUGGCAGAAGAGCCUUUUCCGACGAUGCUGACGAAGGCUUAUCCCUCACCCCAGACGCCUGUGGCCCUUUGUAAAAACCCGCACCCAGGUACCACAGGGCAGCCUCACCUCACCGGAGAUCCCAUCGGGCCUGCAUCUGCACGUUGUCCUUGUCCAAGAGGAGAUUCGGGAGCCUAUAUGGGCACAGGCACAUGCUCCUGCCGCACGUGCAGAGAGAGGGGAACUUCCAGCGCCCCUCUGUGGAGCCAGAACCCACAGCAUGGGAGGGGCCCCUCCAGAGGCCAUGCUGCAGCUAGAGCAGCAGCUCCAGAGCCCUCCGGGCCCUGCACCGGUACAGCCAAGGACCAGCCCAGUGAGGAGCUGCCCGACCUCAGGCCACCUGCCGUAGUCACUGGCCUCAGCCCUGGAGCUGAGAAUAUGGCUGGAGAUAGAGCUCCUGUGCCAUGUGCAGAGAGAGAGGAACUUCCAGCGCCCGCUGUGGAGCCAGAGCCCACGGCACGGGGAGGGCCCCCUCUAGAGACAGCGCUGCAGCUAGAGGCAGCUCCAGAGCCCUCCGGGCCGUGCACCGGUACAGCCAAGGACCAGCCCAGUGAGGAGCUGCCCGACCUCAGGUCACCUGCCAUAGCCACUGGCCUCAGCCCUGGAGCUGACAGCGUGGCUGGAGAUAGAGAGGGGGUGGCCAGCACCACCCUAGACAGCAGCUCCCACACUGCCCCUAGUCCCGGGCAUGGUGGGAGCCAUGCAGUCAGAGACCAGGGUAUGCAGCCUCGGCUCAUCUACCUCACUGGAAAGAGGCUUAUUUUAUUCACCAGAGCCACAUCCUAGGUGCAGCAGGACCUUUGCAUUCUGCCAGUGCUGGGAGUAUCUAUCUGCGCACAGGAGGUGCUUGAGAGCAGGAAAAGAAGCCUGCAGGAAAGGGUUCCAGCAGCUACUCCUGCUCACAGAGUCAGCCUUGUCUUCUAUGAGAGCAGGAAAAGAAGCCUGUGAGAAAGGGUUCCAGCAGCUCCUCCUGCUCCCAGAGGCGGCCUCCUGCUCCAGGCGUGGAGGUCUCUCUGCAACUGGACAUCUGGGCUGUUUGCUCCUGAUGUGCUCCCCAGGAUGGGCUUAAUGGGCGGGCAGGGGGUGCGAGGACCAGGGGGCGGCUUCAAAGGGUACAGCAACCAAAGCUUCCAAACUCAGCACUUGUGCUUCGGUCUCUCCAUGCUGCCACCUGCCCUA